AUGUCAAUGUUACGGCCAUUGAGAUUAUUAUUACUCGGGGCUCCUGGAUCGGGCAAAGGCACUCAAACUUCAAAAUUAUUAAAGCUGUUCCCCCAUAUUCAUUCUUUGUCCUCGGGAGACGUCUUACGAUCCCAAAUCAGUCAAGGUACUAAAAUAAGCAAAACUGCCUCAAAGUAUAUAAAAGAAGGUAAAUUAGUUCCUGAUGAUGUUAUGGUUGGGUUGAUCUCGAGCCACUUCAAGCAGCACAAUUGGUUAAACUCAGAAACCAGCUGGUUAUUAGAUGGUUUCCCUCGAACUGCAAAUCAAGCCGUGGAGUUGGAUAAUUGGUUAUCGGAAACGCAAAAUAAUAUUAAUUUGGUGGUUGAGUUAGAUGUUGAUCAAAAAGUUAUCUUGGAUAGAAUUGAAGCAAGAUGGGUUCAUAUACCCAGUGGUAGAGUCUAUAGUUUAGAUUAUAAUCCUCCUAAAGCCCCUUUCAAAGAUGAUGUUACAGGUGAACCAUUGAGUAAAAGAGACGAUGACACAGCAGCAGUCUUCCAAAGAAGAUUAGAUCUGUACAACAAACUUUUGGGACCUUUGAAAGAUUUCUACUCCAAAAAAGGUGUUCUUCAUACUGUCAGUGGUAAUACUUCUGAUAUAAUAUUUCCUAAAUUAGAAAGCUUAAUAAAAGACAAAUUUCAGAAAUAG